AUGUCUGCCAAAGCCAUUCGCGAGUAUGACGCCAAAUUGCUGGUGGCCCAUUUCCUUGGCCGAGCCCCCCAGUUCGGCAAGGCUUGCCCUGCUCGUCCCGAGUUCAAGGCGCCAGAAGUCAAGGUGGCUCAGAUCUCCUGGGAUCCAGAAUCAAAGACCAUCACACCCGACAGCAGUCUGCCUUCCUGGGUCUUCAGCGAAAAGCUGGUCGUCAAGCCCGACCAGCUCAUCAAGCGUCGUGGCAAGGCCGGACUCCUAGGCCUCAACAAGACCUGGCCGGAAGCCAAGGCAUGGAUCCAGGAGCGUGCUGGCAAACCCGUCAACGUCGAAGGCGUCAUGGGCACCUUGAAUACCUUUAUCGUCGAACCCUUUGCUCCUCACCCUUCAGAUACCGAAUACUAUGUGUGCAUCAACUCCGUACGAGAGGGUGACAUGAUCCUGUUUACCCACGAGGGUGGAGUGGAUAUCGGUGAUGUCGACGCAAAAGCCGCCAAGAUCACCGUCCCCGUGGAUGGCGAUUUGCCCGACCGAGCCCAACUCAAGGCUGGACUGCUCGCCGCGGUCCCUUCGCAUCGCCAGGACGCACUGGUCGACUUCCUCGCCCGGCUCUACUCCACCUACGUCGAUCUGCACUAUACAUACCUCGAAAUCAACCCCCUCGUCUGCAUGGAGGCCGCCGAUGGGUCCCCGUCGAUCGCCUUCCUCGACAUGGCCGCCAAGCUCGACCAAACAGCCGAUUAUCUCUGCGGCGCCAAGUGGGCCAUCGGCCGGGAAACCUCCGUAGCGAUCAACGGCUCCAAAACCUUUGCCGACCGCGGGCCACCCAUGGUGUUCCCUGCUCCUUUCGGCCGUGAUCUUACCAAGGAAGAGGCGUAUAUCCAGAAGUUGGACGCCAGCACUGGUGCUUCGCUCAAGCUUACUGUGCUGAAUGCUCAAGGCCGAGUCUGGACCAUGGUGGCUGGUGGUGGUGCUUCGGUCGUGUACUCUGAUGCCAUUGCUGCGCAUGGCUUUGCUCACGAACUUGCCAAUUACGGAGAAUACUCGGGCGCACCUACCAAGGGCCAGACCUUCGAAUACGCGAAGACGAUCCUGGAUCUGAUGACCCGUGGCGAGCCCCAUCCUGAGGGCAAGGUCCUGAUUAUCGGUGGUGGUAUUGCCAACUUCACCAACGUCGCCGCUACCUUUGGCGGGAUCAUCGAUGCACUUAAAACCUACAAGGAGGGCCUCCAGCGCCACAAAGUCAAGAUCUUUGUCCGUCGAGGUGGACCCAACUACCAAGAAGGAUUGAAGAAAAUGCGCCUGAUUGGCGAAACCCUGGGCAUCGAAAUCCAAGUAUUUGGACCUGAUACUCAUAUAUCUUCGAUCGUCCCAAUGGCUCUCGGAAUCUCCAAACCUAUGUCAAACGGCAUCCACAGCGCCCCCAAUGGCGUCAACGGCCACAGCAAGGCUUCCGAACCAACUUCUGCCACUUCACCCGCGGCCACCGAGUCUUUCGCGGCCACUGUUGUCCCAGAAAGCCGAGAAGAACAUGGGGUCGUCUCUUUCGCACAAGGGGCUCCUGCCGAGCGUCCUUGGUUCCGCCCAUUCGAUGAAACUACUCGGGGCUUGGUCUAUGGACUCCAGCCUCGAGCUAUCCAAGGAAUGCUCGACUUUGACUUUGCUUGCGGGCGCAAGGUACCCUCCGUGGCCGCCAUGAUCUAUCCAUUUGGCGGCCAUCACGUCCAGAAGUUUUACUGGGGUACCAAGGAAACCCUCCUCCCUGUCUAUGCGACGAUCGCAGAGGCGGUCAAAAAGCAUCCCGAAGCCGAUACCCUGGUCAACUUUUCAUCCUCCCGUUCCGUCUACCAAUCCACUCUCGAUGCGCUUGAGAUCCCUCAAAUCAAAUCGAUCGCAUUGAUUGCCGAAGGCGUCCCCGAGAGACACGCCCGAGAGAUCCUCCACCUCGCCCAUAAGAAGAAGGUCAUCAUCAUCGGUCCCGCCACUGUUGGUGGGAUCAAGCCCGGCUGUUUCCGAAUUGGUAACACCGGCGGGAUGAUGGACAACAUCAUUGCGUCCAAGCUCUACCGCCCCGGAUCGGUCGCUUACGUCUCCAAGUCGGGAGGAAUGUCCAACGAGCUCAACAACAUUCUUUCUCUGACCACCAACGGCACGUACGAAGGUAUCGCCAUCGGUGGGGAUCGCUACCCGGGAACCACGUUCAUCGACCACAUGCUGCGCUACGAAGCAGACCCCAACUGCAAGAUGUUGGUGCUACUUGGUGAAGUAGGCGGUGUUGAAGAAUACCGGGUGAUCGAGGCGGUCAAGUCUGGGCAGAUCAAGAAGCCGAUCGUCGCAUGGGCCAUCGGGACCUGCGCCAAGAUGUUCACGACCGAAGUUCAGUUCGGGCAUGCUGGGUCGAUGGCCAACUCGGACCUCGAGACGGCCGAUGCUAAGAACAAGGCGAUGCGCGCCGCCGGGUUUGUCGUUCCAGACACCUUUGAAGAUCUGCCGGCGGCAUUGAAGAAAGUGUACACCGGGCUCGUCAAAGAUGGGACCAUCAAGCCCAGUGCCGAGCGUGACCCCCCGAACAUCCCUGUCGAUUACAAGUGGGCUCAGGAGCUGGGAAUGGUCCGAAAACCUGCCGCAUUCAUCUCGACGAUUUCCGACGAGCGUGGGGCUGAGCUCUUGUAUGCUGGCAUGCCGAUCACCGACGUCUUCAAAGAAGAGAUCGGAGUAGGAGGCGUCAUUUCAUUGCUCUGGUUUAAACGUCGCUUGCCACCGUACGCCUGCAAGUUCCUCGAGAUGUGCUUGCAACUCACUGCGGAUCACGGGCCAGCUGUCUCUGGAGCGAUGACGACGGUGAUCACGACCCGUGCGGGGAAAGACUUGGUGAGCUCGCUGGUCGCCGGUCUGUUGACGAUUGGGGACCGAUUUGGAGGCGCUUUGGACGGAGCCGCGCGCGAGUUUUCGCGCGCCAAAGACACCGGGCUGACUCCGCGAGAAUUUGUGGACUCGAUGCGAAGGGCCAACAAGUUGAUCCCCGGGAUCGGCCACAAGAUCAAGUCUAAAGCCAACCCUGACAUGCGCGUCGAGCUGGUCAAGGACUUCGCCAAGAAGAACUUCCCUAGCGUCGAGAUGCUCGACUACGCUCUGGCGGUCGAGGACGUCACUAGCUCUAAGAAGGACACCCUUAUCCUGAACGUGGAUGGAUGCAUCGCUGUUUGCUUCUGUGAUCUUUUGAGGAAUUCGGGGGCUUUCAGCCGCGAGGAAGCCGAUGAGUACAUGCAGAUCGGGACCUUGAAUGCAUUGUUUGUCCUGGGCCGAAGCAUCGGGUUCAUUGGCCACCACAUCGACCAAAAGAGGUUGAAACAAGGCUUGUACCGGGCCGAGCAAAGCGACAUCUUCAUCGAGAUGGGCAACACUGGCAUCUCUGAUCGAGUGGUUGUUCGUCCUAGUUGA